CGAAAAACUGCGGUUACGUUGGUGAGGACCGCGUCGGUUGUUAAAUAGUGUGGCAUUCAAACGGAGUGAAUGAAACGGAUUCGAUAAAGGUGAUAAAGGUAUGAUAAAGAUGGAUUCUGACAAGGAUUGGCCACUGGAGCCGUUCAACGAUUCUGUUGGACCUUCUGAUCUGCGUCGUGAAUGGGAAGAAUGGUUCAGAGCAUUUGAACUAAUUGCAGAGCUUAGAAAAAUCGAAGUACAGCAUGACAAAUUCAUACUACUGCUGGCACGGGGCGGUAGAGGCCUUCAACGCAUUUACUACAAUUUGCGGCCGGUGGCUGGAGAAGUAUACCCAGAGUCGGUGAAAAUCUUUUUGAUGCCGAUUGAGACACCCGAAUACGAUAAUGCGGUGAAACGACUGAGCAAUUUCUUUAUCGGAAAGCGUAACGAGCGCGUCGAAUUGGAAGUGUUCCGCUCGUUGAGACAAACGUCCGAGGAGUCUUUCAGUCACUUCAUCCUGAAGCUACGCACGCAAGCCACGCGUUGUGAUUUUAGAUCUCGCGAGGAGAUCGAAAUUUUGCAUCAGGUAGCUAUGGGUGCUCGCGACGAAAGAGUCAGACACAAAGGACUAGAGAAUACUAUGAGUUUGGAUGACUUAACCAAUUACGCCAUGAACAGGGAAACGCUUAUGAAGCAGAAGGAGAAAGUACGGCAAUUCAAGGAAAAUGAAUCAGCCGGGACAAUAGCUUCGGUCAAACAGGAUUGGGGAAAGAAACCAACAACGAUGAAUACUGGACCUGAGCGGCGCUGGGACCCAAGUAAGCACAAUGAAACUGAGUGUUCGAAUUGCGGAUCAUGGAAGCACCGAAAGGAUUCGCGGGAAUGCUCUGCUAGAGCUUGUAGAUGCAACAGCUGUGGACGCAUGGGACAUUAUGCGAGAAAGUGCAGAUCAAGAAGAAACACCGGUGCGAGGAGUUUCGGAUACACAAAGCGCAAAUUUGGUGAAGCCAACUCACUCCGGGAGAACCGUGACCGCUACCCCGAUGAACCUGAUCAAGGAUCAUCUCGUCGAUAUCCACCGGAGACAUUGAAGGUAGAAUAAUUAUAUCACCAUUUCCUUUUGAAAUUUAAUUCAAUAUCUUCA